UGAAACCACAGAAUUUAUUUUCAUCUACUAGUUUCCUUCCCAAUUCCCAUGUUUUCUAAAACAUAACACACUACAGAACCUUCUAAUAAAUUAAAACAAAAAAACCAAUAUUUUACAUGUAGCACCACAACCUAACAAUUUCUACCUACAACUUUUUCUAUAGACUAUAAUAUAAUCUAUCUCCACUCAUUCAUUCAUCAAGAUUGAGAAAUGGAUUCAAAUGCUUGUCUACCACACUUGCUAGUGUUAGCAAUAACAUUGGUAUUGGUUAGUCAUGCAAUGGGAGAUUCAGCUAAAGACAAACAGAAAUGUGCAGAAUCCCUGACAGGUGUUGCAACGUGUCUGCCAUAUUUGGGUGCUGACGCGAAAGCACCCACAGCAGAUUGUUGCAGUGGUCUCACACAAGCCAUGAAGACCAACAAGAAGUGUGUCUGCCUUAUUCUCAAAGACAGGGAUGAUCCUGACCUUGGCUUAAAGAUUAACAUGACAAUUGCUGUUGGUCUCCCUUCUCUUUGCAAAACACCUGAUAAUCUCUCACAGUGUUCUGUUGAAGGAAGUUCCCAGAAGGGACAGAUGAAACGGCCUCAGCUAAGAAUAGUGAAUCUCAUAUCGGGAAGAGAUUCUUAGAAAGUUUGGUUGCAGUUGCAGGGCUUCUAAUUUGGCUUUCAUGAGCUUAACUCAAAUACUACCUAUAUAUUACCAUUUUCAUAUCACGUUGAAAUGUAAACCAUUGAUUAGUUGAUAGUGUAAAAAAUAUUUACACUCUUGAGUGUACUAAAUCUCUGACAGACUCACAAUAGAUAUUAUUGCAAAACCUUUUGGAGAUUUAUUUUUUGUUUUUAAUACUAACCUAGAGU